UCUGCUUCUGUAAACUUUGCACAAACCUAUAGAACUCGGUUCCAAAGACCAGCUUCUCUCGGAAGCUUGUCUUCAGAAAGUUUCUACCCAUGAACGACACCCCCCUCCGUCGCCUAUGGAACAGCCCACUGUACGGAAUGGAUGCUAUGAUGGCGGCCCUCAUGGUGGAAAGCCUCGGCGCAGCCAUGUUCCUCUCUCGGCACCGCUGCUCAUGGACAAAGUCUCUGCAGAUCCAUAACAGCACCUUGUUCAGAGAUUUGUUGGUGUCUCUGUGGAGCUGUUGAACUUUCUGCAUAUUGGAGGCUGCAGGAUCUUCCAUUUAUUCUGACUGCAGCCCACAUACAAAGGCCUCUCCAGCUUUGGAAGGUGGGCUGGUACUCGGAGUCAACAUGCCAGCUAAUGGGAAAUCACCCCAGAGGUUUCCUGCCCUGGUUCCAGGACAACCUGGCAGAUCAUUUGAGGGAUCUGUGUCAUUUGAAGACGUGGCUGUGGAUUUUACCCGACAGGAGUGGUACAGACUGGACCCUGCACAGAGGACCAUGCACAAGGAUGUGAUGCUGGAGAACUACAGCAACCUGGCGUCAGUGGGCCUCUGCGUGGCCAAACCAGAGAUGAUCUUCAAGUUGGAGCGAGGGGAAGAACUGUGGAUAUUAGAGGAGGAAUCCUCAGGCCAUGGUUACCCAGGCUCUCUCUCACUGCUGUGUGCCAACAAUUCUGUUGGGGGUAAUGCCCUCAGUCAUGAUAAUGACCUUCAGCAUCAGAAGAUUCAAACUUUGGAUCAAACUGUUGAAUAUGGGAAAGCCUUCUACAAGAGAACAGGCUUUGUUGGACAUAAAAGAACACACACAGGAGAGAAAAACUUUGAAUGUCAUGAAUGUGGGAAAACUUACUGCAGGAAAUCAAAUCUUAUUGAACAUCUGAGAAUACACACAGGCGAGAGACCCUAUAAAUGUGGUGAAUGUGCAAAAACCUUUAGUGCAAGAUCAUACCUCAUUGCUCAUCAGAAAACUCACACAGGGGAGAAGCCCUUUGAAUGUAAUGAAUGUGGAAAAUCUUUUGGCAGGAAGUCACAACUCAUUCUGCAUCGGAGAACACACACAGGAGAGAGACCCUAUGAGUGCACUGAGUGUGGGAAAACCUUUUCUGAGAAGGCAACCCUCAUGAUUCAUCAGAGAACUCACACAGGGGAGAAACCCUAUGAAUGUGGCGAAUGUGGGAAAACAUUUCGUGUUAAGAUAUCCCUUACUCAACACCAGAGAACUCACACAGGGGAGAAACCCUAUGAAUGUGGUGAUUGUGGGAAAAACUUUCGUGCAAAAAAAUCCCUAAACCAACAUCAAAGAAUUCACACAGGCGAGAAACCCUAUAAAUGUGGUGAAUGUGGGAAAUGCUUCAGAAUGAAGAUGACUCUCAAUAAUCACCAGAGAACUCAUACAGGUGAAAAACCCUAUCAGUGUAACGAAUGUGGGAAAUCUUUCAGGGUGCACUCAUCUCUCGGAAUACAUCAGCGAAUUCACACAGGAGAGAAACCUUAUGAAUGUAAUAAAUGCGGUAAUGCCUUCUAUGUCAAAGCACGCCUCACUGAACAUCAGAGAAUGCAUUCAGGAGAGAAACCCUAUGAAUGUAGUGAAUGUGGAAAAAUCUUCAGUAUGAAGAAAUCCCUGUGUCAACAUCGGAGAACUCACAUAGGAGAGAAACUUUAUGAAUGAAGUGAAUGCAGAAAUGCCUUCUAUGUGCAAGUAUGCCUCAUUGACAGAGGAGAGAGACCCUUUGAAUGUCAAGAAUGUGGGAAAGCCUUCUGCCAGAAAGCACUUCUCACAGAACAUCAGAUAACUCACUUAGGCCAGCCCUUGCCUUGUACUAUGGAGAAAGCUUCUCUAAGAAGAUUCCCCUCAUCAUUUGACCAAGCCCUUUGGGCCAUCUGAUUACUGGUGCACACAGAGUGCACUUGUAACAAUUUGGCUCUUACAUUGGUGUGAAAAUUGUCCUGAUCCCCUUAGGGAGUGGCUCACUGUUGUUUUCAUUUCAUUUGGAUUUUCCUAAUUAGUGGUGAGGUUAAACAUUGGCUUACCUGUUGACUGGCCAUUUGUUUUAUUUCAUCUGUGCAAUGACUGUUCAUAUCCUUUGCUCAUUGUUUUCUAGUGGGCUGUUUAUCUUUUACUUCUUGGUUUAAAUGUUGUUUUUCUUGUUUUUUUUUAAUAUACGAAAAUAUAAAAAUCAUUUUUCAGUCAUGUGUGUUGCAAAUAUCUCCCCUCAGACUGUGACUGGUUCUUUAAUUUUUUUAACUCUUUUCUUCUGCUGAGGUUUUAUGUUUUCAUAUUAUUGGUUUCAAGGUGAUAAUAUUCUCCUAUACUUUCCUCUAAAGUGAAGGUUUCACUUUCAACAUUUAGAAUUUUAAUCUACCCUAAAUUUUUUCUGUGUAUUAUGAAGUCUACAAUAUAUAAUGCUGCAUUUCUUUUAAAUACUUUACAUCAGUGGUAUCACACUAUUUUAAAACUUAUGCAACUUGCUUUUUUUCAUGAAAUGUUACAUUUCCAAGAUCUAUCCAUGUUGAUAAAUAUAUUUAUUUAUCUCUCCAUUCCCCUAGUGAAAGACAUUUGUAUCGUUUUUGUGCUUAGUGUUUAAAUCUAGAAGUGGAAAUGAUGGGUCCAGGGUGUAGAUAGUAUGCCAGUUAUUAAUCUAUUGUGCUUCAGCUCCGAACCUACCAUUCUAUACUGGGCUUUGUGAUGCUGGGGCCAUGACUCUACAGAACACAUUUCUGGCUUGCCAGCUGCUACUCCCUGUUGGGUCUUACCGGUAAGAGAUACUAAAUAUAAAUAUUGAGGCUGCAGAAGGAAGAAGGGACUUGCUCCUUUUUUCCUUCCGGUUGGCUCCCUGUUCAUCUGAGUGUCAGCCCAGCAUUGCUUCUUCACUUGGGCAGCAGCAGUUCCUCAUGGUAGCAGCAGUUUAAUCCAGUUUGCACUUUUCCAGCACUAACAGCUUUAGGGUACCCCACCCCCUCAGAGACCUAGCAGCAUCUGGCUGGUGCCACCUCCUUAGAGGUAUGAAUCCCAGUCACAUGAGACCCCGCUUCCAACCUUCUAUUUUUAAUAAUUCCAACUUCUUCCCUUGUUACCCUAGGCCAGCUGCUUUCUGCAGUUGCUACCUCCAUGAUAAUUUUAAUGUUCUCUUUUUCUCUUUUAAGUUAUGUGGUUAAUAACUUCAUCACUAGUUAAAAAUUCAUUUUAAGUUCUCUCUGUUAAAAUAAUCAUUAUGGUUUCUGUCUCCUAACUGGGUUAUGAUUGAUAUAGAAGUUUUUCAACUUGACUAAAUUUUAAAGUUAAAAAAAUUGCACUAAUUUACACUCUCAUGAGCAGUUUGAGAAAGAGUUUACAUUUUCCCACAUAUUCACCAGGACUUAUCUGUUCUUUUUAAAUUGUUGCCGAUCUGAAAGGUGUAAAAUGGCUUUAAGCCCUCCCAUCCAUGAAUAUGGUUUGUCUUUUUAUUUAACUCACCUUUUUAAAUUUUAAAUAGUAUUGUAUGGUUUUCUCUAAGAAAUUGUCUUUGAAAGUUAAUCUUUUAAUAGAAAAUUUGCUCAUAUACAUGUAUAUACAUAUAUAUUUAAAAAUAUUAUGAUGUAUUAUGGGGUAUAUAUAUAUUUAUAUGUAAUAUAUGUAUCUAUAUAUACGUAUAUAAGUGUGUGUGUAUACAUGUGUGUGUAUGUCUCCCCAGAAAACAUUUUUGUUUUAUAUAUUCAUUUUAUUUUACCCACAUAUUUACCACUUUGGUUGCUCUUCAUUCUUUUCUGCAUUUCCUCCAGGAUCAUUUUCUUCUUUGCCUGAAAAAUAUCCUUUAGAGUUUUCUUUAGUGGAGGUCUAUUAAUGAUAAACCUCUCAACCUUGUGAAUAUUUUCUCUUGCACUUUUUUGAUAAACAAAAGUGAAUCCUUACCUUUAGUACUUGGUAGCACUGUGCCAUAGUAAAUUGAUGCUAAAUUAAAUACUUUUUUUUGCUUUUAUCCCUGAGUGUUCCAUAAUGAUUAUGACAACCCAGGAUACUUGAAUUAAUCACCAGAUGCCCCCCAAUACAGCAUACACUUGAAUAUACAUAUUACACUUUCUUCACUUUGUAUAUAGCAUGCCCUCAUCCUCAUUUACUAAUUAUUAAGUUUAUCAAGAUGAUAUCUCAUCAGUUCUUCCAAUCUUCAUCUCAUCCAUUAAAAAAACUAAAUUUGAUGUUUUAAAAUUAUUAUUAUUAUGGAAAAUGUCAAACAUAAAUAAAAGUAAUCUAUAGUGACAGAAAGCAGAUGAGUGAUUGCCUCUGGGGUAGGAAUUAACUCCUAAGAGGUAGGAGGGAACUUCCCAGGGUGAUGGAACUAUUCUGUAUCUUGACUGGAGUGGAUGUUAAUGGGGAUACACAAGGUCAUCAAAUGAGUAAACUUAAGAUUUGUGCAUUUUAUUGUA